UUCACAUCUCUCUGUCUCCAAUAUGGCUCUUUGCAUCACAAAGCUCAUCGUCUCCACUCUCCUCUUCACUUCGACCCUUUUCUUUACCGCAAAUUCUCACACUUUCUCAAGAAGCUUGCUUCCGGAAGAGCUUGGCCUCGAGAAGGAGAAGCUGAGCCACCUCCACUUCUUCUUCCACGACAUUGUGAGUGGCCGCAACCCGACCGCAGUGCGCGUGGCUGAGGCCAAGAUGACCAACACGUCUGCCACGGCGUUCGGCCUCGUCGUCAUGAUCGACGACCCGUUGACCGAGGGCCCGAAAUUGAGCUCCAAAAUCGUCGGCCGGGCUCAGGGACUCUAUUCGUCCGCAUCGCUGAACGACGUCGGCCUGCUGAUGGUGCAGAACUACGUCUUCACCGAAGGGAAGUUCAACGGGAGCACGCUCAGCGUCCUCGGCCGGAACGCGGUGUUCUCCGACGUGAGGGAGAUGCCGAUCGUCGGCGGGAGCAGGCUCUUCCGGUUCGCACGCGGGUACGCUCAGGCGAGGACGCACUCGCUUGACCUCAAGACUGGCGAUGCGGUUGUGGAGUACAACGUUUAUGUCUUCCAUUAUUGAUCCUCUUCGGGAGCUGUCGCCGGAGGAGGCCAUUCUAGGAAAGAAGUCCUUAGAUUUCAUUUCAUGGCCGUAUUCUCUGUUUGCCUCUUUAAGCUUUCUCAAUAAUAUUAUUUCGGGUAUUAGAGAGAUUCUUGCACUGUUGAUUGUACUUUUAGAACAUCAUAUUUCCCAAAUUAAUGGAGACCUACAGUGGAUGCCAGAGAGUAGAGACUAGAGUGCUCGUUGGGACAGACACGUGGGUAAUUCAUGUCACAAAUCAUGUUGGAGAUACGAAAAGUGAUUCACUAUUUAGCGUUAUUAUAUAUUUUAAAGAUUUUUUAUAGGAUAUUAUCACGUGUUAGAGACAAUUAUGAUAUUAUUAUUAAUUAUC